AUUUUUUUUUAUUUUUUUUAUUUUUUUCGAUUUUGACAACAGCAGCGACCAACACAACACACUGCGUCCCAUUCCCUCAUAUCCGCGCCAUCCAGCAGGACACACUUUGCAAAUCGACUCAAAAACCAUUCCUCACAGUCACCCACGCGCGCGAGAGAAUGCCGGUCUCCAUCCUGCUGCGGGUGGAGAUUCCAUCUCAAAACCUCCAAAAGUCGCUGCUGUUUGAGCCGCACUUGCCCGUGUGGUUUGCCAAGCAGCUCAUCCUCGACAAGAUGUCCAAGGACGAGGAAAAUGUCAUCAACUACGGCCUGUUCAUCCCGCCAGCCAACGGUCGUGCCGGCAAGUUCCUCGACGAAGAGCGACUGCUCGCGUCGUACAGCCUGGAAAACAACGAUCUCGUAUCAUUCCGACUCAAGCGCAAGCUCUACCGCGAUGUCAUUGACGACAAGCAACUGAUCGAGUACAAUUCCAAGUCUUCCCGAAAGAAAUUUGGAGAACUUGUCGCCAAGGGCAAUGUAGAAAAGAUUCAAAAGAUGCUCAAGAGUGGCACAGACCCCAACUUUGUGUUGGAAACGGGUGAUACGCCGUUGGCCCUCGCCGCAGGCCGUGACAUGAAGGACAUGAUUGUCGUUCUUGUGGAUGGCGGCGCGUACAUGGACUACCGAUGCGCCAACUCGCACACUCCUCUGCACACUGCUUCCAUCCUUGGAAGUACGCUGGCGUUGAAGACAAUGCUCGAUCUCGGUGCCUCACCAAAUUACCGCGACAAGCUAGGCCUGACACCACUGUAUCAUGCAUGCAUGACGGGUCAACAGGGCUCGGCCGAGCUUUUGCUGAAAUACGAGGCGCAGCUCCAGCAGUGCGACCAACAAGCAUGGUCGGAAUUGCACCAGGCUUGCAAGCAUGGUCAUGCAGCGAUUGUCGACUUGCUGGUCUGGUACGGCGCCAUGAUCAAUGCACAAAACGUGACUGGCAACACCGCCAUGCACGUGAGCAUUCUCCAAAAGCAGCCCAAUUGCACCAAAAUCCUUCUCAAACGCGGAGCCAGCAAGGACAUUCAGAACAAGGGAGCCCAAACGCCCUUCCAGAUGGCCGCCAUGUCUGGUUUAAACGAAAUUGCCGAGUUUAUUCGCGCCUUCAAGCCCGAGGAUGUUGUUCGGUUUACGGCAGAGCCCGCGUACGAACGAAGAAAGCGAUCGAGCAACGCGUCUUCGUCUGGAAGCUCGACACCCAAAACAGCGCACAAGGCGCCAGCCUCUGCAGCAAAAAAGAAGGUGCAAGUCACGCGCUUGGCCGUGACAACAAAAGGUCGGGUUUUGUACCCGUACCGUGCAUCGCGAGCCGACGAGCUCGAGCUGAACGAAGGCGACACAAUCGAAAUCUUCCAGAAAGGCGACGACGGAUGGUGGGAAGGCAUCAAUGGCGAACGCACGGGCUGGUUCCCGAGCAACUAUGUUGAGGAGCACACUGUUCCGUACCGCAACGCUCGCGACUCUGUGCUCAUCCCUCCACCACCGCCGGUCGAAGACAUGGAGUCCGAACCAGUCGCCGACGGCGCGACGGGCAACAUUUCGCUCUGGAUGUCGACCGAUCGCCUGUCGCGCUUCAUGCGGCAAGCGUCCAUGAUGUCGCUCAACCAGGUUGGCUCCACCAUGUCCUUGAACACUGUGGGGCUUGCUCAGCCAUCCGCGGGCUACUUUAACGACAUGCCUCCGCCUCCUCCAGAGUUUGGCGGCGGCAGCUCGAACAGCAGCAGCGGACCCGCCAGCAUGAAUGGCAGCAGUACCAACCUCAACCUGAAUGCCCAUCCACCUCUCAACAAGGGCAACAGCUUUGGCUCCAUCCCUCCACCGCAGAUUCCCUCCGCUGCCGCGGCCAUCAUGAAUCGCGGCAACCGUGCGGCUUCGUUCAACACUGGCUCAAACCCAGUGUUUAUUCCGCCGCCGCCCAGUUUUGCCGGAACGUCGUUCUCGUCCUCCUCGCUUCCUUCCAGCAUGCCACCACCCACCGCCCGCAAGCCGAGCGCCGGCUCAUACAAUGGCACGAAUGGCGUCAAGACCACUACCGUCGCGGCGCUGUUUGACGACAACUCGCUGCCACCGCCGCCGCCCGUUGACUUUGACUUUUUGCCGCCUCCGCCCUCCUUCCUCACCAAUGGAAGCUUUGACUUGCACUCCCUACCACCACCACCGCCAGCCAUGCUCGACGGUGCCGGCGGCGGCUAUUUCGACGACGGGCUGCCAUUGCCUCCCCCGCCUCCAAUGUGAGCCAGGCGGUCAAGGUUUAUCAUCCUGUAUUUUGCAUCAUCAUUUUUUUUUACAGUGCGAGAUUGAUUCUUCUUGCUUCCUUUUUUUUGGUGUUGUGUUGACUGCUAGUUGUCAAUCAUGAAAGAGAAAAAUACCGACAAAAAAAAAACAAAAAAA